AUGGAGACUGCGGGGACGCCCGAACCCCCCCGAAGAUGCUCACCGGCAACCCCAUCCCGUGCACCGCCUUCACCGACGUCGAGUCAGGAUGGCGAGUGCUUUAAACGUCGUGAUUUACCAAUAGGAGUCGCUAAAUCGGAUAAAAAGCCAGCAACCCCAUCCCGUGCACCGCCUUCACCGACGUCGAGUCAGGAUGGCGAGUGUUUUAAACGUCGUGAUUUAGCAAUAGGAGUCGCUAAAUCGGAUAAAAAGCCAGGUAACGAUAUCAGACCGAUAAGCGAAGCAGAAUCUAUGUUAACCUGGCUGAACUGGGAACAGAUGAAUGAAGAUAUCAUAAUCAACGUGAAAGUCUAGUAAGUGCAUAAUUGUUAUCAUAACUGUUCUGUCGUCGCGAUUAAGCUGUUUACUAGCUUCUUAGGU